CAAACGUGAGUGUUGUAUGUGUAGUUUAUUGCGUUGAAAAUGUACGUAGAAUAACAAUCGUGUUUUAUAGAAGAAUUCGGACACGUUUCAACAAUAAAAACAAGUGUGUUUUUACUUUCAAUAAAUCAUGGCGACAAAGAAGAGUGAUAUCACCCCGGUAUUUAACCACCGGAAAUCGAUCGCUCUAGUUGACACGGCUGAGAAUCUGGUGGAAAUUCUUGACAACCUGUCGGUGUGCUUAAGGCACAUAGAAGAGAAAUACGUGGAGUCAGACGAUGCUGGAACAAAAUCAUCAGGUACCACGGUAUCAACUGCGAACAACGGAAGUUUGUUUGCAAAGCUGAAAGAAAAUCUCGACGUUGCACGAGAUCUGACCGACAUCUUAAAGCGUGAAAAGUGGCGUCUUAACAGAAGACAAAUUAGUGUGGAACUAAGAAUGGGGGAACUUGAGGAAUACAAGACGAAUUUGAAAAGGGACAUGACAGAUAUGAACCAAACGGUAGAUGUGCUGAGCAUGCGAAUUGUGGAAUUAGAGAACGCUCUCUGCGAUGCCGAAGAAGUGCAGGAAACUUCGAAUGCUGAAAAUCAAGCCAUCCAGAAAGAGCUCGGAGACGCACACAACGUUAUUGCAGAACUACAACAGAAAGAGAGCGGGCUUCAGAAACAAGUGCAUGAAUUGAAAAGCCGAAGGACCGACGCCGCACUAAGACAACACUACCAAGAAAUGAGUGACAAGAUGGAAAUUCUUCUCAUUGAAAACCAGCGACUUAAGGAAAUCAUCCGCGAGAAGGACAGCUGUGAAAUAAAGAACUCUACUUCCGAUGACUGUCAGAGUAAAAUGCAUUCAUUUAACAUUAGCGACUGCGAUGGUGACAAAAAGGUAUCGACGUGAAUGUGUUUGAAUCUGACACAAUCAGUGACUUUGGUAAGACGUGGGGGUAAACUAGAUUUGAAGACAACAACUGUGCUCUGUAUUUUGGGUGGAUAAGAACUGAUAUAUCAAUCAAAGACACUGAGACCAGAAUGAAAUUGUUCAUUUAGUUUUUUUUUUACUUAUUUCUGUUUUAUGCGACUGGAA